AUGAAGACCCUCUUCUGUCUCCUUGCUCUCGUAGCCGUUGUUGCUUCCUUUGCUGUCCUCCCAAAGGUUCCAACCGAACAAGAUGGAGCUUUGAACUGCCUCAUGUGCGAGGUCGGAGUUCGUGUUGCUGAAAACCCAGCUGACAGAGAGGCCCACACCGUUGAAGACAAGUUCGACGCUGAAUGCAAGAAGGACCUCGGAGCCAUUCCAUUCGCUGAGAAGGAAUGCGAGAAGUACGGAAACUCCAAACUUGACCCCAUCAUCAACGAGCUCGAGGGAGGAACUGCCCCAGAAGACGUCUGCAGAAAGCUCAAGGAGUGCCCAUCCAACUAA